AUGGACGCCUUCCUCCUCGACGCGCCCGACGCGAACCACGCCUGCGCCUCGGUCGAAGAUUUGGCCCUCCAGCUGGCCAGCCUCCGCGGAACGAAGGCCACAGACACAAAGGCCGAGCACAUCUCAGCGACCUUCGAGUUCAGGUCCACCGUCGUCUUCAAGGUUCCCGAAAGCGAGAAUGAUGCCGCCGACCCAGCCCAGAACCCCGACCAGCCAUUGGGAGGGACCCCUGGCGCCGUGCCCACCGCGCCCAUAAAUGGCAACGCUGCUGCGAUAACGCGCGAGAUCCGAGCGAACGAUACCUUAAUGAACCAGCCCUCUGAUGAUCCGGCUCUUCAGAAACUCGUCGCCAAGCACAUCAUCGCAUCCUUGGGCAGUGUGGAUGGCAGCUCGUGGACUGUUCGCUCCGUCUCCAGGAAACCGUCGGGCUGGACGUUCACAUACCUCUGCAGGAACUCGACCCAGGCGUGGAUGCGACAAAAUUGCAAGCACUCUGCAAAAUUACGGAUAGCUGAGUCCAGUGGGAAGGACGGCCAGGAUCCUGUCAACUUAUCACGGCCUGCCUUCGACUGUCGUGGCUCGGUCACCAUAGCCUUUGUCAAGAGCAAUCGCAUGAUCACCGUCAAACUCGAGCACACUCCUCUGCACAAGACAGUGGCAGAACUCGCGGAGCUUUUCAAGCCUCCACCUCCCCUCCCUAGAGCGGAGGCUGCCAGACGGAAGGAUGGAGAACGCAGAAAGAGAAAGAGCCAAGCCGACGGUGUUGAUGCUCCAGAGGAGAGCCCGAAGAAGAGAAAGAAGAAGGACGCGAGCACCGGAGGGCAGGUGGCAGAUGGUGAACAAGUCCCCAAGCCGAAGAAGCCACGGGCAUCCAGAGCAAAGAAACUUCAAAAUGUCGUUGCACAGCCCCAGGAAGACGUUCAAAACAGCGCCUUACUCAACAUUUCGCCGCUUGAGACAGCCCGCCGCCAGGACGAGGCCAGUAAGAAGCUUCGCGAUAACGGCGUAGAUCCAGCCACGCUCUCCUCUGAGCAGUUCAACAUCUUCGCCAACCAGUCACCCGACCUGCAGAUGGAGUCUCUGGCGAUGCUUGUUAAGUACGGUGCAGAAAGAUUGCGGAUCGUGCAUCCGAACAGGGACGACGCACCGCAGUCAGGCAGCCCGGAUUUGGCGAACGGCGAUGCUUCGAAUGCCUCGGCGAAGAAGAAGACAUCGCGGAAGAAAGCCCCUCGCGAAGACGGCGUGCCAAAAGUGAAGAAGACACGGGGCAGCUGUCAGGCUUGCAGGGCAAAGAAGAUCAAGGCGAGUAAACGCAAGCCGGUCGAGGCCAAGUCUGCAGAGGUGGCCGAGGACGAGCCAGAAGAACCUGAGGCCGCGCCUCUACCAGUCUCUAUGCCAGAACCAAUGCCAGACCAUGCGCCUGCUCCGGAACCUGUGCCAGAGGCUGCACCAGAAGAAGAAGAAGCUUCAGACCUUGGCUCACCAGGCUUCGAUACUUCCCAUCCUCCUGCUCCUGAGGUGAUGUCACACCCAGCAGAGACAACGGGGUUCACGGUGGUAUCGCAAGAUGUGUCUCAGGAUUUAUAUCAUCCAGCCCCAACUGGUCUCUCUUACCCUCAAGGCGUGGGCGUGCCUGAGGACAUGUCCACCAGUACCGAUUACUUCCAAGCGCAAUCCACAUCGAACGGAAUUGCCUAUCCCCAGCAACCACAGCAAACAUCCCAUGUGGCCUACACCGAUACAGUUUCAGCGCCCCGCCAGCAUGUGCCGGAGCCAGAGCCGGUGCCGGCGCCGGUGCAUCCUGUUCAAGAGCCAUCACAGACAAGCCAUCCGAAGUCGUCACGGCCUGGCACUCGCCGCAGCUUGCCAUCUGGUUCUAGUCAAAAUCAGAACGACUAUGCCAGCUCUACAGAUGCGGCACCUGUGACCUCUUCAUGGCAAGCGACCAAUUUACCCGCAAAUGCUGGUCAGGCGUAUUCGGAGGCUCAGAUUGCUAGUCAGAGUGCCCCGGCGAGGCCGAAUAGAAGUAUGCACUCAGCGGCACCACCUGCCUACGAUACCUCGGCACACGACACUAUCCAAGCUGCGACGACAUUAACCCAGGCGGCUCUCCAGCGGAAACCCCACGCAUCACCAACCACUAGGACUUCAUCGCCAUUCCAGAACCCGACACAAGCGGCAAAGGUUGCCAGGGCCAAAUCGAGACAGAGCCAGAGGUCACAAAGCCGCCAGACAGCGUCGCCCUUCCAGCAGUCUACUACGGCACAACUUCCUCAAGGAGGUGCUGCUUCCUCUCUCUACAACGCCCCUCCAUCCACAGAGUCCAGUAACCUGCCUAGUUACGAUCAAUACUCCCGCUACAGUACCACGCCGGCUCAGGCACCCACGACAAGCUCAAGGGUGGCUUACGAGCCAUAUUCGCAACAAGCUGCAUCUAAUACCUCGACCGCGUCCUAUCCAGGUUACGAUGCCUAUGCUUCUAGGUCACAGACUUCCAACACGCCACUUGCAAAUACUGUGACACAAAGCGCAUCGACUGCCGCACCCAGCUCUAAGAAUUGGGCCAGCAGCAGUGGCAGGCGAAGUAGCAAUUCCUACAGCUCUAACAAGGCUACAACCUCGUCGACGUCAGCCUACAGUGUGCCUGCGUCCUCCGCGCAACAGCAGUCCACGGCCAUGCAGUCAUUUAAUGUCCGACCGCAGUCAACGGCUCCGACUCAGUCGAGGACAACUGGUAACACAUCUGCCUCCUUCACUCAACAGCCGCGGCGGCGGCAGCAGCAGCAGCAGCAGCAGCAGCAGCAACCGGCCUACAGCUCCUAUCCUUCCCAACCGCACCCAAAUACCGACCAGCAGCAGCAGCAGCAGCAGCAGCAGCAGCAAGACUGGUACGGGUUCGGGUCCGCCAACAACGCGGCGUCCAACUAUGGGUCGGGAUCGUACAGCCAGCACAGGCCGAUGAACCUCGCUGGUAACAACUACACGAGCAUGAAUGAUCAGGAGGCUCUCCUCGAGCUGAAGGGAUGGCAUUUGGCGCCGCCAUUUGGUUGGUUCACCAUACCGGAUUUCACAUAUCCGACCGGGCCUCUCAAGGCUCGUGAUGGAAGGAAGGAGUUCUGGAAUCUCGACGCAUGCCGCACCGGCCGCCUACAGCUCGCUCUGCACUCCAAGCAGCAGCCAGCCCCUUGCCCGUCACGGGCUGCCGACACCAGCGGCGCGACCAUCGUCGUGGCAAGCCCGUAA